CUCACUGAGUAUCAGACUCUGUCAUCUGUCAAAGCGAUGACAAAAAGUCUAAUCGUACAUUACACAGUAUUAUAUUUGUAAGGAAGGCGUAUGUGUUAAUUUUACGAUCUUCCUUGGUUGUGCCGUUUUACGUUGUUAGUCUUUCUGGCGUCUGUCGGUGUAUACUGCAGACGUCUAACUGUAUUGAUUUUCACGUAAUCUGAUAAUGGAACCAAAUCCUGUAAUUAUUGCUGCUACAGCAAAACAAACAGCAUCCCUUAUAUUUCUUCAUGGACUUGGUGAUACUGGCCAUGGCUGGGCAAGUACAAUUGCUGCCAUAAGGGGGCCUCACGUUAAGGUGAUCUGCCCCACAGCAUCUACGAUGCCAGUGACACUGAAUGCAGGGUUUCGCAUGCCAUCUUGGUUCGACCUACGAACCUUGGAUGCCACUGCACCCGAAGAUGAUGAAGGGAUAGAGAGAGCUACAUCUUUAGUUCACACUCUGAUUGCUGAUGAAAUCAAGGCUGGAAUUCCUGCAAGCCGAGUACUGGUGGGUGGUUUCUCUCAGGGUGGCGCACUUGCGCUUCACGCCGCUUUGACGUACCCUCAGCCUCUCGCUGGUGUGAUCGCUCUGUCUUGCUGGUUGCCAAGACACGCUCGUUUCCCUGAAGCUGUGAAGUCGCCUUUGGAGCUACCUAUAUUCCAAGCUCAUGGCGACUGUGAUCCUGUAGUCCCCUUCAAAUGGGGACAGAUGACUGCAUCAUUUCUGAAGACAUUUAUGAAAAACAUCGAGUUCACCACAUACCAGGGUCUUACACACAGCUCCUCUGAAGCAGAACUUAAAGAUAUGCGAGCAUUUAUAGAAAGGACUUUACCAGCUACGCAAUGAAAACCAAUGAAACAGAAGCCCUCAAGAAGUACAUACUUCGAAUAAAUAUUACUUUUAUUUAUUACUAGAGAAUCCUCUGAGUAAUCACUAAUACAAUAGAUAAAAGAUACAAAAAAAGUUAUUAUCACAAUUGGUAAUACUUUAUUAAGUAAUAUAUUCUUCACCAAAUGUAAAUUAUUUCUUGAUUGAUAUAUGAAUAGUAGAUACGAGUAAUAAAGUUUAAAAAUUACCUAACUUUAUGUAUUAUUUUGUUUUAAGACGACAUAAAUAAAAAAAUAUGUUUAGCAUG